AUGUCUAUUGGGGUCUGUAUGUUGAAUUGUCGUGGAUCCAAUUGGGAUAAAAGGUGCAGCUCUGUAUUGGUUAAGGAGACAUUUGGUGGUAGUACUGCUAAGAUGGUCUCAUUGACUGACUGGAGUGUUGGUGCUUCGUCGAUUGUUAUAUUUCGAAAAACAAGCGUGGACACGUUGACAGUUGACUUCUUUGGGGCAGCCCUUCUUGUUCCAGUUUAUACAUAUUUGUUGUCCGUCAUGCCAGGUAAUGUCUGGCUUGAAGUUUCUGGUUGCAUUGUUGGUGCGGAGUUUCUUGGUGGUAGUUAUAUUGAAAUUCUCGCCCUCAGCUUCAAUGUUUCAGUCAAAAAGGGUGGUGUCUCGGUUUACUGUGAGGUGAAUUCUGCGAUCUUCGUCGUAGUUUAA